UAUUUUGAUCCAUCCCCUUGACUCUCUAUGUAAAACUCGGUCUCUAUUUGAAUCCCCCUUAAGUCUUUCCUGCAGGACUCUUUCAAAAGAUUUCCUGCAUAACUACAAACACAACAACUGCAAUCCAACUCCUCCCAAUCCACAAACAUCAUUCGAGGAAUCAUUCUUCCAAAUAAAACUAGACAUUAAAAAGGGUGCGUCAGCCCUUUAGUCGCAGGUUAUUUCAAAAUAUACUAAUUAUGGCUUAGACACCACUUAAAGAUGGAUGCAAUCAUCAACAGGGAGUGUCCCUUUUUGCAUGUAUUUCCUCUCGAAAUAAGGCUCAAAGUCUAUGAAUACUUGCUAGUCAGAAAGAUUCUAGGUAUGGCACAGUCUGUAACCCAAACAUCGCGUUUUGGAGCGGACCUAAAAUACGAUUUAUGCCCAGAGGUUUUGAGACUCUGCCGCCAAAUUUACAAAGAAGCUUUACCUUUUUUGUACGGAAAGAAUACCUUCUAUAUCUCAUGCUUUCGAGUGGAUAAUCACCCUGUCUUCGAUCAGUCAUUUGAUAGUGUUUAUCGACAGUUUUAUGAAAGUGAUCGGGUGUUAGGUUACGAAACUGAAGUUGACGGGCCUCAAGUGGAACUAUGUCCUCUCACAAGAUACGAGAACUGCGAAACAGUGGUACCUUAUCCAGUUCCAGACCUCUGCCAUUAUACCACGGUGCCUAGGGUCCGAAAUUGGCGCGUGGUGGUUAGCAGAAUCAGAGAUCCUGGUGGUCACUGGGAUCCAACAUGGUGCUUGAUCGACUUUUGUCUUUCUAUUAGUGCCCAACCUCCAAUUUCUCUAGAAGUAUUGGUUCUUCCUUGUGGUCUGGACUAUAGUGAGAACGAAAGUUAUGCCUUUUGGGAGUGUGAUGAUGUCUUAAGUCCUCUGAGACUGCUCCGCAAUCUCCAAAAAUGUGUCAUCAAAGAAGCCUGUGCAAGCGACGUUCCUGAUAUUAUUCGACUUGCUGGUGAUGACAUCAUAGAGGCUAUAAGUGCCAGAGGUAUUGAUUAUAAAAUUCCUGAAAAUUUGAAGACUGAAAUAGAAACUCUUGUGACGAGUCAAGAACCUAUCGAUCUUCGUCACAUGAUGCAUAAAUCUCUCACUACAUAUGCACAAGCAUUCGAGCGAUAUCGACCAUAUAAGAUGCAAAUGGGGUUGAGACGAGAAAGUAUCGAACAGAUUGGCAAUAUGGAUAUCGAGUACGCCGAAUUUCUAGACGCAGGUGCCUUCAACCCGUUCAUUAAUCCAACCAUGCAUCCAGUUGAAUAUGACCUCCAAAUUUGCAAAGAGGCAUCGGUUGAAUUCGAGGAAGAAGACGACACUUUUAAACCACACCGUCGAAAUGUUCUCACAUAUCUAGAACGUCAAUGGACCCGAAUCGAAAAUGCAAAUCGUACAAUAACAGAAUUUAUCAAAGAGGAAAAAGUCCUAGGCGGAUUAUUCGACAUAGCCGAAAGAUUAAGAGAACAAUUAAACUCCACAACCCACGGCAACGCCAACGCGUCCCAAAUUUAUGAUCACGAGAAAGUGCGAAAAAUCUCGCUUGCAAUGGUCUACCUAGAAGACUACGCAGCUUCCUUCAAAAGAGACCUCACCCAUACAACCCGCGCGCAAAUUAUCCCCAACCGUCGUCUCUUCGAGAGUCACUACGAUCUCCCACGCGAACGUCUAAUCGCUCAAAUGGCAAGGGAAAUUGAAACGGGCAAAAUCCUUAACUUUAUAAAUGAUUUCAGCACGGCGGUCGAUAUGUGCGAUGAUCAAUAUCUUGAGAUCCUCGCAGCGAGGAAGAAAGUUUUUCAGUUUGAUGGAUUGGGCCAGUUUGAAUGUGGGGAUUUUGAUAGGAAAUUGGGUUAUUCGUUGGAUAGGAUUGAUUGGACUGUUUAUGAACCGGAUCUUACGCCGUUUUAUUGGUUGCCGUAUGAGGAUUUUGAUGAGGAUGAUGAUGUUGAUAUGAUGUGAUGGGUUAGAGAUUAGCGGU